AUGGCUGAGCAAACGAGGGUCGAAGAGCUUGAAAGGCUUUUACGAGAAGCUGAGCUACGUGCCGAGGCCUCUGACAGACAGCGGCUCGAGGAGCGGCAACGCGCCGAGACGGCAGAGAAAGAACGGCAGGAGGAACGACAGCGUGCCGAGAGAGAACAGCAACGUGCAGAGACAGCAGAACAACAGACCCGUGCUACAACGUUGGACGAGUAUAUCGCGGCUUGCCAUAGCCUAGUGUUUUCAAGAUUUAAGGUCGAGACGGACAGAUCGCUUACAUCAAAAGGCUCAAUCACGAAUCCAAGGAAUAAAUUAUGUCCAACGAGCCUCGAGCCUUGGCCAGACUUCCUGGAGCAACAGAGAGUCGCCUUCGGCGUCCUUUAUGACGCGCUUCCCACGCGGAAGCGCCUUUUCGAGUCCCGAAAUUUCUUGGCUGGCCUUGGAAACAGAAUUUCUCAACGGCCGAUCGCGAAUGAGAAAGACCUGGAGACCUUCCUUCAUAACAGCGUCGAGGAUCCGGUCAGGUCAAUUCUGCAUCAGCUUAAGGAGGUGGAACAAGUUCAGGGCGUUUACCGCAUUGGAGGUGGUAUCAUAUUCGAGAAUCACCCUAGUGCCAUAAGCGAUGUAGCCGACGAAGUCGUCGACCGUGAGGCGUCAUCACCACCACCGAGAACACCCGAUCAAGGACUACUUUCGAAUCAACUUCGCCCCGACCAAAUAUGUGUUUACCGAUCUGAAGAUGGCCAGUCGACAAGACGCAGCAUGAUCUACGUUUGCGAAUAUAAGGCACCUCACAAAUUAACAGCGCCCCAUCUUCGUGUUGGCCUGCGACCGAUGAAUGUAUACAAGGAAGUUGUCAACCGCAAGACGAUCCCUACUUCGGCGGACCCGGAAGGCCGUUUCCAAUACCAUGCAGAGAGACUAACCACCGCUGCCAUAUCGCAAACGUACCACUACAUGAUCGAGGGGGGACUCGACUACGGCCUUCUGACAACGGGCGAGACGAUUGUGUUCCUCAAAAUUGAUUGGGAGGAUCCGCAGACACUCUACUAUCAUCUAGCCGAGCCCGGGCCUGAGGUGUCGGCGCAUCCGAACCAUUUCCACUCUUGUACUGCUGUCGGCCAGUAUUUAGCAUUCACCCUCGUCGCCUUGGGUCAACCCGGCCAAAGGCGGGAGCACGGCCAGGAGGAGCGUCGUCUCGCGAUUCAGGGGCUGAAGACGUGGGCAGAAGAUUUUGAGAGUACGCUGCGUUCCAUUCCAGCCAGCGAGCGGUCCGCGCCAAGUGGCUUUUCGGACUAUGAGCCUACUACCUACGAGGGUAUUGAUCGAUCGCCAUAUCCAUUUCGUCACGGCCGACGCCCUGUUGCUGAUAACUACCAACCCCACAGGCAGCCUACAAGACGAGGCUCGCCAGAGUCCUCAGAUGAUGAAUUAAGACGCAACCUCCCAGACACACCGAGCCCCGCUGAACGGCGAACCGGGAGUCGAGAGCAGGGAACCCGACGAAGCCAGAGGAUCCAGGCUCAACGUCUACGAGGAGCCGCGACACGAAGUGGCAGUGAGCGUACGAGGCAAUACUGCACACAAAAGUGUCUGGUCGGGAUGGUAGGAGGGGGUUUACUGGAUACGUGUUGUCCUAACGUAGCACUGCACAAGAGGUGUCUGGGUCCUGGGCAUGGUGGCUCUAUCUCCCAUCAUCCUGUCAGCCAUAGUAAGUGGCUCCAACUGCUGAGGAAACAGUUCGAAGAAUCUCUUGACAACGGGGUGACCCCUCUAUGCGAGGGUGGGGCACGGGGUGUGCUAUUCCAAGUCACUUUGCUCAACUACGGCUACACAUUUAUUGGUAAAGGGACUGUACGGGCCUUUAUCAAGGAUCUUGAGCACGAAGCCGCAGUUUACCAGCGCCUCAAACCGGUGCAAGGGAUCAACGUGCCUGUGUUUUUGGGCACCAUUGACCUUCGAUCCAUGAACAAAAUUUACUACUAUGACCACCGCGUCUAUGUAGUGCAUCUGACGUUCCUCUCAUGGGCCGGUUACAAGCUGCAUGAUGUUCGGAAUGUCAAGGGCAUGGGCAAGAGACUUGCAGAUGGAGCACUACGAUCAUUGCGGUCGAUACAUCGAGAAGGUGUUGUCCACAAGGAUGUGCGAGGAGCCAACAUGUUGUUCAAUCCUGAGACGAAUCGUGUAAUGAUCAUCGAUUUUGAAAGAUCAUUGCUUGUGCAGCCGCCUCGGCGUGCCCUGGCUCAACUAGUACCCAACAAGAGGGCAUGGAACAUUGAGACAACCGAGAAACGGAAGGGCGGAGGUCGGGUCUCCGGCCAGCAACAAGGCCGUGAAGAUGUUGUGGAAGACAUUUCGAUGGCGAGGUCGGCAUUCUCAGAACUCAAUUGGUAUGCAGUUGAAUAA